AACUCUCUGCGACUUCUGUGGAAUGAUGAUAGCGGUUGUUUACUGUAAAUCCGAUUGUGCCCGUCUUUGUUUCACCUGCGAUGGCUUCGUCCACUCCGCUAAUUCUCUAUCACGACGCCAUAUUCGCUCAGUGCUGUGAGAUAAGUGCAACGCUCACCCCGCCAUUGCCUGCUGUAUGAAUCAUAAAUGUCCGCUCUGUCAGGCCUAUGGAUGGAACUGCGACCUUUGUUCCUCCAUGGGUCCCCCUAUUCAGGAUCUUCCUUCCUACUCUCCUUGCCCUUCCAUCCCUGAGUUUUCACGAAUUUGGUCUUCCGUUCUCGACGUCUCUUCCGAUGCUCCCUCUCACUGGCCCACCUCCUCCUCCAUCAAUGCCGAUUCCAUUUCUUUCUCCGAUGUUGAUUCUCCUCAAUUGCUCCCUGCUAAGUUCAAUGACUGCUCUAAGUUUGACCCCUGGAUCGCUGCUCCUGCUUCUUCCUUCACUCUGAAUCCUUCUUAUCACUUGCCUUUGUCCAGACCUCAACCCUCAUUUCUCUCCGAUGACUCCAAUCUUCCCAAGGGUUGUUCCGAUUUGAAGGAUGUUGAAACUCAUGAGAACAAUGAUAUUUGCGAGGGUCUCAAUCUUGGCGAUGCUUCACUCAACUUGGAAACUGAGGAAGAGCUGUUUGGCUGUUCGCAAGGUACGAUGAAAUGCCAUUUUGGAGCUGGAGAAUUGGAAUGUUUUCUAAUGGGGAAAAACUUGUCUACUGAAUCUAAUGGCCCUGUUGAGAAUACUGUUGAGAAUCCUGUUGAGGAUUCAUUAUCUGGGCAACAAGAUUUUUUGGGAUUUCAAUCAUCUCAAGUCGGUCUUUCCAUGAACACGAUUCAAAAUGGGAAUUCAAAUUGUAUGGUUAUGAAUCCUAGUUGCAAUGGAAACCUCAACAUUGGAUUUCCUACUACUGCUCAGGUUCAUUCAACCAUAUCACUUUCACUCUCAAAUAUCACUGGCGAAAGCAGUGGUACAGAUUAUCAAGACUGCGGUUUAUCACCGGGGUUUUUGGGAGAAACGUCAUGGGACCCUAGCAUGGAAGCUAUUGUUCCACAAGUGAAGGAUCGAAACAGGGAUAAAGCCAAGAUGAGAUACAAUGAAAAGAAGAAAACAAGAACAUUUGGAAAGCAAAUACGAUAUGCAUCUCGCAAAGCCAGAGCUGAUACGAGAAAAAGGGUUAAAGGCCGAUUCGUGAAAGCAGGGGAAGCCUAUGACUACGAUCCUCUCGUGACAAGAAACUUCGAGCCAUGACCCAUGAACACAUCUCAAGGUCUCAUUCCCAAAACGGAAGGCAUAUAGAACAAGGUUGUAAAUAAAGAUGUAGCUAUAGCCAGUACAAGCUUCGUAAGCGGCAGACUGUCAGCAAUCACUGUCCAUAACAGAGGAGUGGUUCUAAAUUGCCCGGAAGAGGUUGGGUUAUUUUUGUGCUCAAAUUGGUUGGUUCUUCGUUUGUUUAACAAGAUUUUUGUGUUUCUCUUGAUUUGUACAGUAGCAAUGGUGAAAUAUAUCCAGUUAGUAAGAGAAAACAGGUGAUGAAGACCUUCGUGGGACAACCUUAGUCCAUGUGUUUUAGCCUCUUUCCUUUCCACCCACGAAAUCAUUGCUUAUUAGGCAGAGCUACAACUUUUUUUUUUUUUUUUUU